AUGAUGCGACUGUUGUUAUCCCCCAAGGGCCCGGUAUGCUCUGCUUGUCUGACGGACACACUCGGAAGACGACCUGUCCUCCCGCAGCAGCCAUGGGUCGGACAUCGAUUCGUUUCUCUCCGCCGAGGACCCAAACAACACCAGGAACGACCCUCGCGCAUGGUCCUUGCCGACGACGUGGGUCGGUCACCUACCAACCGACCGCGAGUACGACGCGAAGGUCCCUUUGGUGGGCUGAACCGGAGAGUGGCCAACGUGGACGCUCCAUUGCCUCGACGUGGCGGCGGCAGCGCUGGCAGUGAUGCAGCAAAGGGCAAGAAGGGCAACUCGGGGGGCAAGGAUGAGCGGAAGGCUCUCAAGAUGCAGAGGGCCCUAGCUCCCGUGUCAUAUGGAAGGCGCAACAUGACGAAGGAGCGCAUGGCGCAAUACGAGUCUUUCGAUCAGUUUGAUCUGCUGCCCAGCGUCAAGGAGGCGCUCAUAGGGGAGCUGUUCAAACGGCUCGUCGACGUCAAGCCCACGCCGGUGCAGAGGCUGGCGCUACCCGCGCUGCUGAGCCCGCCACAGCCAGAGCCCGGAGCGGAAGGGUCGAUGAAGUCGUUCCUCCUGGCGGCAGAGACGGGAUCGGGAAAGACGCUGGCGUACCUCCUGCCUGCCAUCAACGCCAUCAAGAAGGCCGAAGCGCAGGAUGAGAUGAUCCGCGCAUGGAAUGAGCGUCGUGACGUCGAGAGGCAACUCCAGGCGUCGGGCAAGGUGAAGAGGGCCCGCCCCUUUGACGAGCCCCACCCGACCAUGGCGCGGCCCAAGGCUGUGGUGCUCGUACCUACGACAGAGCUGGCCUCGCAGGUGACGCGGGUGGCCAAGACGCUGUCGCACGUCGUCAAGUUCAAAGCUUGCAUGCUCCAGUCGACCAUGAAGGCGCAGCAGAUCCAGCGGGAGCUGUACGCCCCCGGAGGAGUCGACCUGGUCGUUGCGACCCCCCACCUUCUUUCCUCGAUUGCCGAGUCGGACCCCAACGUGCUGUCGCGCGUGACACACCUGGUCGUCGACGAGGCCGACUCUCUGCUGGAUCGAAGCUUCUCCCCCCAGACAACGGCCAUCAUUGAGCGGUCCACGCCUUCGCUGACCCACCUCAUCUGCUGUUCGGCCACGAUCCCCCGCAAGAUGAACAACUACCUGGCCACGACGUACCCGCGCAUGCACCGCAUAACCACACCCAACCUGCACGCCAUCCCGCGCCGCGUCCAGCUCGGUGUGGUGGACGUGUCGCGCGAUCCCUACCGCAACAACAAGGACCUCGCCUGUGCCGACGCCCUAUACACCAUCGGUCGCGAGGCGGCCGCCCACGAAGGCCCCCAGAAGGACGUCAUUGACGUCCGUCGUGUUAUCGUCUUUGUCAAUGAGCGUGAGAAGACGGAGGAGGUUGCCGCUUACCUCCGUACAAAGGGCAUCCACGCCGACGCCCUGCAUCGCGACACCCCCGAGACGCGCCAUGGCGAGAUCCUCGACACGUUUACGACCAACGAGACGCUCACCAUCCCCGCCCCGAACUCUUCCUCUUCGGGCCCCGGAACUAGGCAGCAGGGUCGUCGCCUGCAUAAUGUACGCGCCUUGGUCGUCACUGACCUCGCCUCCAGGGGUAUCGAUACUCUCGCUGUCCGGCAUGUCAUCCUGUACGACGUGCCGCAUACUACGAUUGACUUUAUUCAUCGUCUGGGUCGUGCAGGCCGCAUGGGACGUCGCGGCCGCGGUAUCGUCUUGUCCGGCAAUGAUGAUAGGAAGGAUAUCAUUGCUGAGGUCAAGAGGAGUAUGUUUAUGGGCCAGGCGCUCCUCUGA